ACAGCAGGUGCUGGCGGCGGGCCGGGGAGACGCCAGACGGCGGGCGAGAGUCCUGCCUGUAGGCGGGGAGGGCCUGGCUGCCCCACCCCCUCCGCCUGAUUUCGAGGGCGAGGGAGCCGCCCCCUGGACCUGGCGCGCGGAGCCGCUGGCACCGGGAGGCGCCCGCCGAGAUGGAGGCGGCCGGCACCUGGGCGCUGCUGCUGGUUCUCCUCCUGGUGCUGACGCUGGCGCUGCCCAGGACCCGGACCCGGACCUCCGGCCACCUGCCUCCCGGGCCUGCACCGCUGCCGCUGCUGGGAAACCUCCUGCAGCUCCGCCCCGGGGCGCUGUACUUGGGGCUCCUGCGGCUGAGUGAGAAGUAUGGACCAGUAUUCACCGUGUACCUGGGACCCUGGCGGCGUGUGGUGGUCCUGGUUGGACACAAGGCGGUGCAGGAGGCCCUGGGAGGUCACGCCGAGGAGUUCAGUGGGCGGGGGAUGUUGGCAACACUGGACAGGACCUUUGAUGGACAUGGGGUUUUCUUCUCCAACGGGGAGCGGUGGAGGCAGCUCAGGAAGUUCACCUUGCACACUCUGCGGGACCUGGGCAUGGGGAAGCGUGAAGGCGAGGAGCUGGUCCGGGAGGAGGCCCGGUGCCUGGUGGAGGCACUCCGGGGGACAGAAGGGCAGCCAUUUGACCCCUCCCUGCUGCUGGCCCAGGCCACCUCCAACAUCAUCUGCUCCCUCACCUUCGGCCUCCGCUUUCCCUAUGAGGAUGAGGAAUUCCAGGCAGUGGUGCAGGCGGCUGGCAGCACCCUACUGGGGAUCAGCUCCCCAUGGGGCCAGACCUAUGAGAUGUUCUCCUGGCUCCUGCAGCCGCUGCCGGGUCCCCACACGCAGCUCCUCGGCCACUUGGGCACCCUGGCUGCCUUCGCCAUCCAGCAGGUGCAGAGGCACCAGGGGAGCCUAGACGCCUCGGGCCCGGCACGUGACAUCGUGGAUGCCUUCCGGCUGAAGAUGGCAAAGGAGGAACAAGACCCAAACACAGAAUUCACUGACAAGAACCUGCUGAUGACUGUCAUUAAUCUGCUGUUUGCUGGGACAGUGACAGUCAGCGCUACAGUCCGCUACACCCUCCUGCUCCUGCUCAAACACCCUCAGGUCCAAGAGCGCGUGCAGGAGGAGCUGACUCGGGAGCUGGGGCCAGGCCGGGCACCAGGCCUGGGGGACCAAGCCCGUCUCCCAUACACGGAUGCAGUUCUGCAUGAGGCCCAGCGGCUGCUGGCGCUGGUGCCCAUGGGAAUGCCCCACACCCUCACGAAAACCACCUGCUUCCGAGGGUACACCCUGCCCCAGGGCACUGAGGUCUUCCCCCUGCUUGGCUCUGUCCUGCAUGACCCCAAGAUCUUUGAGCAGCCAGAGGAGUUCAAUCCAGGCCGAUUCCUGGCUGCGGACGGAAGGUUCCAGAAGCAGGAGGCAUUCUUGCCCUUCUCCCUAGGUAAGCGCGUCUGCCUCGGAGAGGGCCUGGCACGAGCGGAGCUUUUCCUCCUCUUCACCACCAUCCUGCAGGCCUUCUCCCUAGAAAGCCCGUGCCCACCAGCUGCCCUGAGCCUCCAGCCAGCUGUCAGUGGCCUCUUCAACAUCCCCCCAGCCUUCCAGCUGCAAGUACGGCCCCGCUGAUCUCCGUCACACUGUGUGGACCAGAUGGAGGAGGGAGCCUUGGGAGAUGGUGGCCUGGACAGGGGGACACGGACGUGGCUCUGUCUCCCGAGCCACAAUCUGUACCACAGGCAGCCACACAUACACCUAUAGCUAUUUCCUGGAGUCAGUCACACAGAUAUUGAGCCUACAUGUCCACAGGGCCACACUCACUCAGCCCACACAGCUGUCAAGAUAGGUAUACACGCUCAUACACGAGCAUGAGGGUCACGAGGCACCUUGGCCACCCCAGCUUUCUACAGAUUUAAAUUUAGUCUGUCUGGAAUCAUGACCACAUGCCCAGGUAACCCACCAACAACUACACAACACAGCUCCCCUGGAUCCACAGCCCACACAUAGGUGUGAGGCUGCCACCUUCACAAGCCACAGAAACAGCCACAGUGCUCAUGGCCACACAGCCCCUUCACCCAUCAAUCUUACCAGUGCCACCAUUUCUGGGAGUCUGCCCCCUCCUGGGUCAUGUCGUCACACAGGCCCUGUCCCUGUCCUCAGCCCCUCAUGCCCUCUCACAUGGGCACAGCACUAUCCAGGCACAGGACCAUCGCUGUCUACAUACCCCCGACCUCUGAACCACACAGCCAGCCCUCGCAUGACACCCUCCCCUUUCCUGAAUAUCUCCCCACUGAGACACACCAGCCCCGGCCUCCACACCUUCAACCCUCAAGGACACCCCCUCCUUCCCAAGCACCCUGAUCUCUCAGUUCUCCCAAAUACAAACACACCCCCAGUGUGCAGUUGUGCACACUUGCCUGGGAACCAAGUAAACUUGGGCAUACGAGAACCCUCAGACCAGAGGAACACUCCCUAGCCUCUUCCUGCUUAUGUAACCAUGUUGAAAGUGUCCCCUACUCCCUGUCCCACCCCCCACGCACACCUCCUCUGCCUCGGAGUCCCAGUUAGACCCAGUAGAAGGGGCUGGAGACCAAGCAGGGCCAGGUUCCAGCUCCGUGUUGAGGAAGAGGCCAGCUCUGACGUCCUUAGGACUUGAAGGUCCCCAUUUUGCAAUAAAAGUUCGUUUCUGGCCCGUGACAGGGCCUGGUGCAUCCGUGA